AUGUCGGAAACUAGAUUGUUUAUAGGGCGUAUUCCCCCUCAAGCUGUUCGUGAGGACGUGGAGGACUUCUUCAAAGGCUAUGGCCAAAUCCUUGACUGCAAAGUUAUGAAUGGUUUUGGAUUCGUUGAGCUUGAAGAUGCUCGUGAUGCUCGGGAUAUAGUGAAUGACUUUCAAGGAAAAGAGUUUAUGGGCAGUCAAAUAGUUGUAGAACCUGCUCGUGGUGAAAGAAAAAGAAGAGAAAAUUUCCGUGAAACUGCUGCUGCUAAAUACCCUCGUCCACGUCGCACUGGCUAUCGUUUAAUUGUUGAAAACUUAUCUGAAGAAGUUAGCUGGCAGGACUUGAAAGAUGUAAUGAGACAAGCCGGUGAACCAACAUUUACUGAUGCUCAUCGUCAAAAUCUUGGUUUUGGUGUCGUUGAAUUCUCGACUGAAGAUGAUAUGAGAAAUGCUCUCACAAACCUCAAUGGUGAAGAAAUUAAGGGUACCGCAAUUGCUUUGCGUGAAGAUCCUAAUGCUCCCAAUGAACCUCUUCCCGAAGGCCCAGGUUUCCGCUCUAGGUCUCCACCUCCUCGUCGUCGUUUCCCUAUGGACAACCGUAGAGGAGGAUUUGCUCGUCGUGAUACCUAUCGCCCUGUCAGAGAUGAUACCUAUCGCCCUGUCAGAGAUGAUGAUCAUCGCCCUGCCAGAGAUGAUGAUCGUCGCUAUAUCCCCAGAGGUGGCGCUCGUGACAGUUUUCGUCGUGGAGGACGUGAUGAUUUUAGAGGACGUGAUGACUUCAGAGGACGCGAUGAUUUCAGACGCGGCCCUCGCCGUGACGAUUACCGCAGACCCAGAGCCGAUGAAUAUCGUCCUCGUCGUGAUGAUUCCUACCGUCCUCGUCGUGAUGAUUAUCCUGCCCGUGAUGAAGAAUAUGGUCGUGAUGCUUAUGAACGUAGUCCUUCUCCCCGCCGUGAACGUAGCCGUUCUCCCAGAUACGCGGACGAGUACAGUUCAUACCCACCUGCACCCGCUUCUGAAAUGCAGCAAUCUAAUGACGCUCCAAGCUAUCCUGGGGAACCUGCUAACUCCGUCCCUGCUGAAGCUGGCGAAGGUCAAGUUGCUGCUGAAUGGUAA